CAUGUUUGUACACGCUCACUGAAAUACGCUGUUUCCAUUAAAGCUAGUUAAUGUAGUUUUCCAAAUUCUUCCAAUUUCAUCUACCUGAAUUAUUCUCUAUAUCAGUUUUUUUGUCAAUAGCAGCGUUAUAUCCACAGAACCACUUGACGCCAUCUUGCGUUGUACGUCCGGCAUUGUAGUACGUGUGGUGUUCAAGUUAUCACAACACUGACUAGCCUGUGAAUCUACCCAAAUUUUACAGAAUGGAUUUGGGACCUCCUUUAAACCUCUCCAAGUCAGCUAAGCCAGCACCAAGCAGUCCCACCAAAAAGACUGCAAUCUUAACUACAAAGAAAUUUUUCUGCAGAAAGCCUGUCAAGAAGAAAAUAUCUACAGAAGAGAAAGAUUCUUCAGACUUUCAUUUGGAUGACAAUGCUGCAGAUCGGGCUGAUAAUGAUGUCAGUUGUGAUGAAAGUAUUCAUGAUCAGAUAGUGUCCAAUUCUUCUAUAAGAGUUUCAUCAAGUGAGAGAGAAAGUGAUAGCAUCAACUCAAUCACUCACAUUGUGAGUAUUUUUGAUGCUGCUAAUGGCAUACCUGAGUGCCAGAAUCUUCCUCUUAUUGAAGGAACUGUUGUUGAUGCUGCAGCAUGCAAGAAAACUCCUGAUAAUGCUGACUUGCUUGAUGAGGGUGAAAUCAGCUUGGCUGCUGGAGAAGUUGAUGACAAUGAAUACAAGUGCAAGCAAUGUGGCCAAACCUUUGCAAGAGCAUCUCAGCUGCGCACGCAUUUCAAGCAUAAGCAUUCUACUCUCAAGGGGGAAGCCAAGUACGAGUGUGAUGAAUGCAACGCAACGUUCAGUCGAUCAAGCCAGCUUCUUCAGCACCGCCAGACCCAUAAGCCUUUUGACGUGACCAUCUGCAACCAAUGCAACAUACCUCUUAAUUCUUACGAUGAACUCAAGCUACACUACAAAAUGCACAGCAAAGCUCAUCAGUGUCAGGAGUGUGGCAUGACUUUCUCACAGAAAGUUUACCUCACGGUCCAUGCCCGCACACACAGUGGGGAGAAGCCCUUCAAGUGCAACUUAUGCUCAUCUUCUUUCAAGCAGCUGUCACAUCUCACAACCCAUAAGAGAACUCACACUCACGAACAGCCAUUUAUAUGCCCCUUCUGCCCUGCCCGAUUCUCACAGAGCAGCAGCUUGAAAAGGCACAAUCGCGUGCACACUGGCGAGAAGCCAUACACUUGCACCUUCUGCUCCUCAGCUUUCUCUGACAAGCGCAACCUGACACGCCACAUGAUGUCACAUAAAGGCAUUAAACCAUAUGAGUGCUCUCACUGCCAAGCCAAGUUCUCUCAGAAGAUCGACCUACAUCGACACAAUUUAUCGCAUUUAGGAGUAAAACCUUUCAAAUGUUCCAUUUGUAGCGUGUCGUUUAGCAGAAAGAAUAACUUGCUUUGGCAUGAACGCACUCACGACGAGAAAACAUCACUGCAGACUUGUGCUGCUUGCGGCAUCAGGUUCAGCAACGUGCGUGACCUGAAGAGGCAUUACAAGGAACACAAUCUCUCCAAAUCACUGUCUUGUAAAAUUUGUGGAGCAGUUGUGUCAUGUCGCUUCUCUCUCGUGCGACACAUGAAGACACACACGGACGUACGCUCAUUCGAGUGUUCCAUGUGUCCUGCCACCUUCAUGCAGGUGGGAACUCUCAAGAAACAUGAGAUGCGUCACACCGGCGAGAAGAAUUUCAAGUGCAAUAUUUGUGAUAAAGCAUUCUUCGAUGCGCGUUGUGUAAAGAGGCAUCGAGUGAUGGUGCAUGGUGAAGAAAGAUUCAUAAAAGGGGAAGAUGAUGAAGGUAUUGGGGGAAAUUCCCGCAACGAAGCUUUUACGACCGUAUAUGAUCAAAAACCUAUUGUUACCCCUACUUCUAAGAGCCCUGCUGUUCCUGCUGCCUCCCCAGGAGUUGCUCAGUUGUCUUCACCGAAAAAGGAGGUAGUUGUUGCCAAUGGCAUGAGUAACGGUAGCAGGAGCAUUACAGUGGAAGAAGCUAGUGGCACUGAGAAUCAAUUUGAAGCUGUUAUGGCUGUAGCUGAACAAACAGGAAGUGACGGAACUCCUACAUUGGUGUUCUCUCAAGCAGGGGAAGCUCCCAAAGCAUACAGACUUGCCGGGAAUUGUCAAAAUGAACAGAACCAUUUCAUUACCUUCUUGGAGGGCAAUCAAUGGCAAACCUGGUGUAUGUGCAAUCCCCAGAAUCUCCCACCGGAAAAUGCUACGCUCACGGACACGAAGCCUGUUAAUGUUGGCCAUGGAGGUAUACAAAAUGUAAUUCCUGGUACUAUUUUCUUCAAGAAUCCAUCUGCCUCUGACCUUCAAAAUUCAGAAAUCUCAGUUGAUCCAUUGGAAGGAAACUGUGCUACUCAAGUACUUAAUGUUAGCGGUUCUUCCAUUCAGGAUGCGCCGUCUUGUUUUGAAACUGAACAGGAGCCCCAAUUCAGCUAUACAACGGACAGGUUUCCUAAUCACGUUAUCGAAUCUGAAUCUAAUUCAGUAUACACCUUUACCCCGGACGGCGACUCGUAUUUGGUACAACCUGCGUCCAGUGACAUGGGUUGUGGUGAGGAUGGCGCCCAUGUGUCGGAUUUUCACCCUCCUGAGCUGAUGAGACAAGCCUGUGACGAAUCCCUGCUGUCACAUCUUGAAGACAACUCAAAGGAUACAAAACACGAAAUACAAUUUAAGGAUACAUAUAUAUCCAAUGAUUACAACCUUACGGUAAAAAACCCAACUACAGGUAAUAUUCACAUCUCGGGAAAGAUAAACGAGCGCGAUCCCUUGCAAAUAGUCCAGACCACUUCUGAAAGUAAUAUCGGCAGUAAACAGCGGAAAAAAUUUCAAUGCACCGUUUGCUACAGAUGGUUUUUCAGAAAAGUUCAUUUGACGAUCCAUAUGAGACGUCAUACCAAAGAAAAACCCUUUAAGUGUUCUAUUUGCUUUGCUAUGUUCACUCACAACAACACACUUGUGGCCCACAUGCGCUCACAUACUGGAGAAAAACCUUUCAAGUGCACAGUUUGCAAUGUAGGCUUUGCCCAAAAGAGCAACCUAACAGCUCACAUGAGGAUUCAUACAGGUGAAAAGCCCUACCGCUGUGACUUGUGCAAUAUGGGCUUUCGUCAAGCUAGUCAUCUGCCCACGCAUCGCAGAACACAUUCAAACGAGCGGCCUUAUGAAUGUUCCUUGUGUUUCAAACGCUUCACUCAGAACAGUGCAUUGAAAAGGCAUAUGAAGACCCACAGCCGCAGGAAGUCAAGCAGUCUUUCUUGUUCAAAGUGUCACGAGCGUUUCCAUAGUGAAGAAGAGCUCAAGGAGCAUUCCUUGUUGCAUGAAGAUGAAGUUUUUGCCUACACGUGUGCUGUUGAAAACUGUGGUGAAACGUAUGCUAGUAAAAAACUUUUUGACGACCAUAUCUCGUCCGCACAUUCGUGUCCAACCUCUGAUGUGACGACCAGUGACAUUAAUAUUAAAACAGUCUUAUCUCGCUCCACAAAGGCCAGUAACGAAAAUCAUAUAAGUUCCAGACAAGGUAAAAUUCGAACAAAGUCGUCCAAAUUUAAAGGUGGUGUUGGAAAAUCUUCAUCAAAUAACGUAGCAGGUAAGAAGAAAAGAAAACUUCAUGAUCUACCAGAAAUUGCAAGUAGUAAAGGCAGCUCGAGUUCUAGAGUUACGGUCCCGAGUCGAAGUAGUGAACGAAUUCGCACUGCGUCGUCUCGUCCAAAACCUACAAAAGACCCUGACUUUAUCACGGGCGAGUUUAUCAGCUUGAGUGAGGAAACUUUUGAGGAUCAAUCCUCUGAUUCCAGCAGCAACUCUCAUAAGAAAAUCACCACAGAUAAGACUAAAGUGGUCAACUUCAUGGGCGAAUGGUGCUUCUGUGAGGUGCCUCAUGGCGCGGAUGAGCCUCAUUCUAGCAACUGUCGACCUAUGGUCACGCAAACGGAACAACGGCAGGCAUUCACGGCUUCCGAUAUAUCAACAGAGAGUAUAACAGUCAGCAAAAAAGUGUUUAAUGUCAAUCAAGAAGAGUCUGGUUCUGAAUUUUAUGCCGUGGUUGAUGAGAAAGGCAACCUGAUGAAGACAUCUGUAACACAAAUUCUCAAUUCCAAUGAGGGAACAAAUGUUGGGGAGAUCAUAUCAGAAAAACAUCCAUCGAUCAUUGAGUCAUUACCAACCGUUAUCCCUAAUAUGAGUGAGAAUAACUCUGAGGAACUACAUAACUCUCUUCAAACAAGGGAAUCUAUAAUGCUGCAGACUUCAGCUGCAGGUAGCAUCGUGAGCGUACCCAAUGGGCUUACUGUCCACAGCGACGUUCAUACUGAUGAAACGAAAUCUCAAAAAACCUCAAACAGUAUCAGUUAUGAGCCCGGCAUUUCCAUACCUCAAAGCAUGGGGUCGAACAUCACAGAAAGCCAUCGACUGUUAGAAAUGACUCCUAUGGUGCCCUCGGGAGGCGUUCUGCAGUUGUUGGAUGACAGCAGAGUACAAAUCGUGGGAACUGUUGGCACGGACGGCAAGAUGCAACUCUUUGACCACAGCAACAUCCAAGUGGUGGACACCGUACAUAUCCGUGCCUUGGGCACAGUAACUUCGUCUGCAUCUACUUCUAUUGCAGGAGAAAAUCAAAUUAUGUCAUCGAGUUCGGGUCUCAGUGGAUCGUUUGACCGUGUUCAAUUGUACGACUGCAAUCAGGUCCAGAUAAUAAACAAUGGAAAUGAAAUGCGAAUUGUCAACAACAAUUGCAACAAUCAAGUGCAGAUAGUCAACAACGACUGUAAUAACCGAGUGCAGAUUGUCAACAACGACUGUAAUAACCGAGUGCAGAUUGUCAACAACGAUUGUAAUAACCAAGUGCAGAUUGUCAACAACGAUUGUAAUAACCGUGUGCAGAUUGUCAACAACGAUUUCAGCAACAGAUUGCAGAUCGUGAGCAGACAAAACUGCGAUGAUGCUGCAGGUAGCGCCGCGCUUGCUGGUCACAACGCUGGUGGCCGCCACAGCAGCGGGCUGCAGGUGCUGACAUGCUCAGACUCCACGCUCUACCUUGACGCCUCAGCAAUGAUUGUGGAUAAUCAAGAUGGCUCUGCCUACUCGAGCGUGCAGCAGGCGAUGCUGUCGGACGUCUCAGGACUGGAAGGAGGCAGUUUGGUCAUCAGGAGCUACGCGUGUCCUUUGUGCUCAGUUGUACACUCACAGUGGCGGCCGUUCAUAGCUCACGUCAAGGAGGUGCAUCCUCAGCAUCACAUGUGUUCCGUGUGCUACAAAGUCUUCAGUAAAUCGUCGGAGCUCAAAACUCAUUUUAGUGACAAACAUUCACUUACUAUCAGUACCGGGUCUGAGACUACAACCAAACUGGGUUGCUUUGAAUGCAACUUGCACUUCAAAGAUGAAUUCGACCUGUCCAAGCAUCUCAGCGACGCUCAUGCGACCCAGGAAACUGUAAGUGCAGAUGUGAAUGAGGCAGUUCCUGAUAAACGUCGAGCAGAAAGUACCACUCGACGAAGAAAAAUUCCCAUCAAGGGCAAAGGUCCCAAACGCUCGGAGCAAAUUACAUUGGUUCACCACAGUUUACCAGACACUGUGAUUUUGUCAGCCAAUAGUUUCAACGACCUUGGCUCGCAUGUAGUCAACAUCCACGGUCAAGACUCGAAUGGCUUGAGCUCAACGACUGUUCAUUCUAAUUCCUCGAUCUCUGGAGGUAUUUGUGUGAUAAACUCUAACCCUUCUGUUACUCUUAGUGCCGCUAGUGGGACAUCUAAAUCUAACUCUACAAUAUUCCCUAGUUCAAGUAAUACUUCCAAUGAUACAGAAAACGUAAGUGUGCGGUUUGGUUCUAUGGAAUCUUUCAACAUAGUUCCUGAAUCUACGCAAAAUGUCAAUUCAAUCAGUCAAGCUAACUCGGAUUCCUCAGCAGCAGUGAGAACUUCGUGCGACGGCGAGAAAAAGUUCAAUCGCGCUUCCCAUGCAAAGCGGCGUCAGAAAGCAGAGAAACACACUUGCAAAUUUUGCCUCGAAAAAUUCACUUCACAGUGCGACCUGGAGCGACACGUGCUCCAGCACACGGGCGUAAAGCCUCACGCAUGUGCCACUUGCGGUGCAUCCUUCACACGAAAGAGCAGCCUGAAUAACCACGAGAGAAUACAUUCCGGCAUCAAGCCAUACAUGUGUAGUGCGUGCAACAAGUCCUUCUCAUACAGAUACCAGUUUAACAAGCACCAGAGUACGGCGCACAGCAAUAAUUAAGCCUUAAUUGUCAUUUGUCCAUAAAGAAUUCACAUGUAUGAUGGAAACCAACAUGACCCUGACCGACUACCGGUAUCAAGAUGGAAAUUAUACGCGUGUUGUACUUUUAUGCUUAUGUUGAUGAUCAGAGUAUAAUGAUAAUGAGUAAAAUGAUCGUGCACCAUCUGAUCAAGGUACUUGUGUGCGGAUAAGUAAAUUUGUGAAGCACUAAACGUACCGGUACAUACAUUCCGUGAUUCACUACUGUUAUUCGUAAAGUUUGAAAAUAUGACUUAGAGUUCCAUCUCCAAUUUUGUUUUACGAGGUAAAUUGUAUCCAUAUACUCGUAUUUAUAUAUACCUAUAGAUCAUGUAAAUUCACGUUCAUUAUACUUGCUUCCUACUUUUAUUUUAGUUAUUUAUUUUCUAAUUAUUGGAUUUUAUUAACGUUUUCCUGCACGAUCUGCAUUUGGUGUAAAUGUAUAACUUCUUUCCAUGCACUCAAGGGCAGUGAUCUAAUUUAGCACAUGGGCCUCAACCUCGUUGUACACUUAAAACUAUUUAACAUUAUGUAAUGAUAACAAAAAGUAUAUAACAUGAAGUUUAGCUCGUGAUUUUUCUUUUAAAUUAAGUAGUUUCUAAUACUCGUAUCGAAAAUUUGGAGUACUUUAGCUGACUGUGUGCACAGCCUAUUGAUACUUAUUGGCUUGCUAAUAAUUACUGAUAUUUUUUAUUAGUGGAAUGCAAGUUUAGACACAGUGACAUUCCUUGAGUGUCUAACUCUGUGUAAGUUUAUAAGCACCUGUACCAAUGCUUUAAUUAUAGCCCCCAAACUUUAUUUUAUGUUCAUUUAUGGUAAAUUUAUGGUGACGUAUUGAAUAUAUUUAGGUAUAAUACAUGGUACAAUUUAAAUAUUAUUUAAGCAUUAAGGAAAAGUUGGCACUGUUGUUCGCAUACACGUCUAAGGAUGGAUGUAAGCGUUUGUUGUUACUACUAUUUCUUAUUUAUAAUAAAUAAUUCCUUUAUAGGACGAGUUAGACACCUCAUUUUAUGUGAAAUUUAAGGAAGAUAAGUUUAAGUGCGAUCUCUCUGAACUAAACCAUCUAUCUUGCUUAGAUCGCAAAGUAGUUCUCAUUAGUAAAAAGAAAGUGUUCCGAUUCUUUAAUCAUUUCCGUUGACUACCUCUUACUAUUUUAUUUAAAUCUUAUGAAUGAAACAUUUUCACUCCAAUUUGUUCCAAAGCCGAGCCUUGUUCGCUAUAUUUUAGACGUCAAUUAUAUACCGCUAGUUCUCUUAUCCUCCGCUUACUUUAAGUGAUGUCAACAAACUUGCGUGUAAAUCCGUCCUGUUUGACGCAUAGAUACUUAAAUUUCACUUAAUACCGUAGGUGCACGGUUCUCAAGUUGCUUAUAAUAAAUUACUUUCAAUGCUUUGGAUUGCUUUAUAUUAUAUAAAUGUUUGAUCUAGAGCCAACUUAUGCAUGACUUUGUUGCGCCUGUGUGAGUUUAAAAAGGCUAUAAUAAAUAAUGAUGUACAAUUGGGAGCAUUUAAUUCACUACGGUUUCUCCUAGUUUCAUGGUCUUUGACCGCAAUGAUGACCGUUUUGGUCCAAUUCAAAAUUGGGCUUCAUUCUAGUUUCUCUGAUUCACUAGUUGCAGCUUGAUAGUAAGUUAAACGGCUGUCGUUGCAGUUGCUGGUAUGAAUGACUUCUUUUCUUUGUUGGUUUGUCAUCAGAUAUUUCAAUUUCUCAUUUAAAGUAUUAAUUGCAACGGUUAUUCGGUAUUGAAUUAAUAAAGCUGGGUAUAAAUCUACAAUGUAAUGAAUUCUUUUUUAUAACAACUUGCAUGUAAUCCACGUAUUUGUUAUUUUGGUCGUGGCAAUUAACGCUGUUUGAUUGUUCCUGUUAUGAAUCGCUGAAAAGUAAAGCAUAGCAAAUUUUAUUUAU